CUCUCUACCAAAUCAACAUUGUCUUUAUAUAUAGUCAUGACAUGAACCAGUCUUGAUCAACAUUAAUAUCAUCUCUCAUAUUAUUACUAUUGUAUCGAUUGACAGCAAGUCUUCUAUCUCUUCUCUAUGGCUAAUUCAAUUCCCCUUUCAAUGCGAAUCACACUCACCCUCACCACUACUCUCCAUGUCAUGCUACUGCAUGCUUAUGCUUCACCAGUUGUACUAGCAGCAGCAGUGUCCAAAGACGAAACAACCUGCACAAUGUGUUAUGAGUGUCCCAACCCAUGCCCUGUGCCAUCAUCACCACCGCUACCACCACCUCCUGCACCGCCUUCUCCACCACCGCCAGCUCUCCCUGAAUGCCCACCACCUCCUUUACCGCCUUCUCCACCACCGCCAGCUCUCCCUGAAUGCCCACCACCACCACUACCACCCUCACCUGUGCAUCCUCCUCCUUGUGACGUUUGCGGCGGAACCCCCUCCUCUUCUCCCCCUCCAGGGGAAGAUGUGCCCCCAUUACCCCCGAACCGGACGCCACCUCCACCCUUUGUUCCAGGCAACCCAAUUGGCCCACCCUUUUAUCCUACAGAUAAUUAUCCUCCACCACUGCCUUAUCCUUCUAAAUCGGUUCAUUCGAGAAUGCACUCCUCCUGCUCCACUCUUGCUUCCAUAUUUGUGUUGUUCACUUCAAGUUGCUUCUUCUUCUUCUUCUAGGUAAGUAGGUAACAAAUAACUGUUGGCAAGUAGCUAGCUAGCUAGUUCAGUACUGAUACUGCAUGUGACAUGAUAUAUGCCUCUCUCUCUCUCUCCCUAGCUAAGCUAUUCUUUUCUUCUGUAAUAAGGCCUUCUUCACUGAAGCGCGAUUAGCUCUAGUGUGUAAUAUUAAUGUGUUUCCCCCUCUUAAACAUGGAACAUAUUAUAUAAUUCAUUCCUUUCUGAUGUAACUUUUCAUUUCAUGAUGUCAUUCAUCGCGUUAUUAUAUGAAUAAAUAAGUAUUUAACUUUUUAGUUGUUGUAUAUGUCUGUAAGACUGUAACCUGGUAAUUAAUCAGAGUGUUAAUUAGUUCAAAUUUUCGCAAUUACAUAUUGUUUUAUAUUUUCCAUUCUUAAUAUGAAUACAUGUUAUACCAUAGAUUAUUAAGGAAUUGAUAUCCUAAUUGUAUUAUUCGAUCGGCUGCUUUGGUCCCACUACCGCAUGCGGUUACAUUACAGCACAUCGGUUUGGCACUUAGGUUAGGUAGGUUCUGUGUGGUCACCCAAAAUAC